UAUUUUUUUCUGACAAUGAUAAUUAGUGUUAAUCCAAUCUUUAUAUAUUUGAGCGUGGGAACAAUCUCAACCGUUCAACGGAAGAACUUCUUCCUCAACAGGUUUCCUCUCAGCUACGAUAAAAAGGGGUCAUUUACUAGGGCUCUUUUUGAUCCGUCUCGCUCCACCGCCCCGUCGCACAGGAAGAUGGUGAAGGGCAGGCAAGGCGAGCGCAUCAGGCUGUACGUCCGCGGCACGAUACUUGGAUACAAGAGGUCGAAGUCGAACCAGUAUGAGAAUACCUCUCUGGUGCAAAUCGAGGGCGUGAACACGAAAGAGGAGGUGGGAUGGUACGCAGGUAAGAGGAUGGCGUACAUUUACAAGGCUAAAACGAAAAAGAAUGGCACGCACUAUCGCUGUAUAUGGGGAAAGGUCACCCGUCCCCACGGCAACAGUGGUGUCGUCAGGGCUAAGUUCAAGACCAACUUGCCACCGCAGUCAAUGGGCCGUAAAGUCAGAGUUUUUAUGUAUCCAAGCAACAUUUGAGGUGCAAAGUUUUCUUUAUGCAUUACUCAUUCAGUUGUGAGGCUUUGGAGGUUUUAGAUCUACCUGUCUUAGUAUUGCCAAACUCUUUUGGAUACUUUUUGUUUAAACAUUUCAGUUUUUUUUUUUUUUUGUGUGUGUUAUGGAUGCUGUUGUUGCAACAAUUGAUCCAUAGUACUUGAAAGCUUGGCAUUAAUAUUGAUUAUCCAGAGAUUGUUUU